UUAAACACAUCUGCCCUAAGUAUUCGAAACAGAUCUCGCUUACUUUUCUUUGGGUGUGAUUUGGACGUCCUCAUCGAGCCACCGUCCACAGACACAAGGAUCGGUUCAUAUGGCAACGACACGGCGCAUACAUUAUUAUCAACGGAGUGAGAAACAACGCGGUUUGCGAGCCUUGACGAUGCGAGCAUAAUCCACAGGGACCGCGUAGACGAGGCAGUACUCUGCCGUAUCAUCACGCGGGCAAAAUGUGAAUGUAGACGGCUGGCUCCCUCUUCCUCCCUGUGCUCAGUGCCUUGUCUUUGGUGUUGCCAAAUAUUGCAGACUGAACUGAUUCAACAUGACAGUUAUUGGCGUUGCCUUAGUUAUCUCUGGCCUUACUGCGGCCGGCGUCGGUGUAGUCGCUGUCUGGGCACGAUUCUGUGGAUCGUGCGACUUGCAGAAACUACUCGACUACAUCUGCAGACGGAACGAGGAGAAGACCAGCUUAAUACAAACGGAUUACGGCACUGCCUAUCAGGUCGACCAAUCUACCGAUAUCCCUACGCCAGAUGAUCCUGGACGUUUCGUCGAGUACGAGACCAUCUUCGCCAAGGCAGAGCAGGCCAUCUCUGCGGCUGCGCAGGAGUCCCACGCGCAUGCGGUCAACCUGCAGCCGGACGUCGAACACCAAGAUGGCAGUGACGCGUCACGUGACGGUACUCCAGACGAAAUUCUAAUGCGCAAACUGGUCCGGUGUUACUCCAGCGAAUCUCUGAGCUCAGUGACGUCAGAGUCGUCGGUUCAAGACAAUUUUAUGAACGUAGCUGGGCAAAUCGAAGUCGUCAUGGACUACUCAACAGAAAACAAACGGUUCACAUUAACAUUGGUGCAGGCUACAGACCUCAAAGCAUCAUGGGAUAACGCCUCGCCCUCCGACACCUAUGUCAAGGUUCACUUGAUGCCGGAACAUGAGUUGAAAGGUCAAACGAAGGUGUAUCGCAAAAGUCUGAAUCCGGUGUACAACGAGCGCAUCACCAUGAAAGUGGCCAAGGAAGAUCUGGCGGAGCAUUCACUCAAGUUUACGGUGUUCUCUUACGACCGGCACGCAAGGCACGAGGCCGUGGGGGAAACGACGCUUAAACUCGGCGAUGUGGACCUACUGCCUGGCCCUUUCAGCACGUGGCUCAAUCUAAGUGAUAUCAAUGAGAAACCAGCUGAUUUAGGAGACAUCUUGUUCUCACUGAGUUACUUGCCGACAGCCGAACGAUUGACUGUGGUCAUAGUCAAGGCUCGAGGCCUGAAGUGGACGGAGAACAAGGUUACUGCAGAUCCAUUUGUGAAGGUCUAUCUGCUGCAAGGUGGUAAGAAAGUUAGCAAGAAGAAGUCGUCCAUCAAGAGAGGUGACAACUGCCCCAUCUACAACGAAUCCAUGAUGUUUGCCCUGCCCUCCAACAUUCUAGACAAAGUUACAGUUCGAAUCACAGUGUCCGAGAAUGCUGCUGGAGGAAAGACCCCGAGCAUCGGACACGUGCUCGUCGGCUCCAGCUGUAAGGGCGCCAAUUUGACCCACUGGAACCAAAUGCUGACCGUCCUGCGCCGUCCGAUCGCUAUGUGGCAUCCACUGCGCAAAUGAAUAUUCACCAUGUAUCUAUAGCCAGAAUAAAUCGUAAUGAAUUUGUGCAGCGCAUUGGUGUUAAUUGUACAGCCGUGAUUUGGUCCUCUGGAAGGACAUUUGUGUUUAUGACUUUGGUUUUGGAAAACUCCUUGGAACUAUUGCUUCUUGUGACGGUGCCUAAAACGUAGAAAAAAAAUUGGAAUCUUUAUUCUGCAAUGAAAAAAACUAUUACUGAAAAUGAAACAUAAUUGGCUCAGGUAUUUCCUGGUAAGUUGGACUAACGUGUUUUAUUUCACAAUUUGGUGCGCUAGUUUACAAGUCAUGUAUAUUGUAAAAUAAAUGGUGUGCAUUAUUUUUUGUUUUCAAAUUGUAAUCUAUGCUGUAUUAUUAUAUAAAAUGCAGCUUUACGUUGUUUUUUUAAGGAGUGUAUACAACAAUGGAGUGGAUUACAAGCAACAUUAUUCAACAUGUUUCUUCUAAUUCUAAUUUAAGCAUGAUAAAUGCAAAUGCCGAUUGGCCUACACUAUGUGCGUGCGAUCAAAGCAACCGAUCACAAGGCGCACAUUGUGUUUAUAACACACACUCUCUCCAUCUAGUACCCCAAAAUGUCUCACUAUCUCACGGCUAUUGGAAAUGUUGGGCAAUUACUCUUCCAUUUCCGUUAAAGUUUGACUGAAUUUGUUUUAUAUUAAAUGCAAAGCUAAGCUAAUACAGGUUGAGUCAAAAAAGCGGAACCCAAACCCCCCAAAUUAUAUUUCAUAUCUAAAAAAUAUGUAGCACCAAA